AUGGAAGGUGAACAAGAGGUAGACACAGAGGAUGGUGCAGAAGUGGACAUGACAAAUGCAAUUGAUGCUCUGUGGAAAAGGUUCAGGUCAUUAGAAGUUGCAGGAAAGAGAGCACUAACAAGAAAAGUGUGUGAAAUUGCUUACCCCACUACAACAAAGAUGGCUCCACCAUCUGAAAAAAUAAAUACUAAAGGAGGAGUGAAUAAAAAAGGGAAGAAACCUGUGGGAUAA